AUGGCCGCCUCCACCAUGUCCGUCUGCUCUAGCGCCUGCACCGGCUCCUCCUGGGAGGUGGACGACUGCCCAGAGAGCUACUGCGAGGCCCCCUGCUGUGCCCCCAGCUGCUGCGAACCCCGCUGCUGUGCCCCCAGCUGCUGUGCCCCGGCCCCCUGCCUGACCCUUGUCUGCACCCCAGUGAGCUGUGUGUGCAGCCCCUGCUGCCAGGCAACCUGUGAGCCCAGCCCCUGCCAGUCAGUGUGCACCAGCUCCUGCACACCCUCGUGCUGCCAGCCAGCUUGCUGCACCUCGUCUCCCUGCCAGCAGACCUGCUGUGUGCCUGUCUGCUGCAAGCCUGUGUGCUGUGUGCCCAUCUGCUCUGAGGCUUCCUCUUCCUGCUGCCAGCAGUCUAGCUGCCAGCCAGCUUGCUGCACCUCUUCCCCCUGUCAGCAGACCUGCUGUGUGCCCGUCUGCUGCAAGCCCAUGUGCUGUGUGCCUGUCUGCUCUGGGGCUUCCUCUUCCUGCUGCCAGCAGUCUAGCUGCCAGCCAGCUUGCUGCACCUCCUCCCCCUGCCAGCAGGCCUGCUGUGUGCCUGUCUGUUGCAAGCCCACCUGCUGCAGACUCUCAUCCUCCGUGUCCCUGCUUUGUCGCCCUGUGUGCAGACCUGCCUGCUGUGUGUCUGCCUCCUCCUGCUGUGCCCCUGUCUCCUGCUGCCAGCCCAGCUGCUGCCGCCCAGCCUCCUGCAUAUCCCUGCGCUGCCACCCUGUCUGUGCUCGCUCAGCCUGCUGUGGCCUCUCCUCAGGCCAGAGCUCCUGCUGCUGA